AUGCCUCAACUAUCUUUUGUGCGCCUUGCAGCGCUGUUAGCUGUCAUCCCGACUUUCGUUAGUGCCUCUCCGACUUUCCGCAAACUCGGCCGCGCGCCUUCAACCGUGUCCUGCCCUGGCUCUGACGGUCAAACUGUCACCGUCGGCACUUCAUCUUUCCAGAUUACAUGCGACUAUGAUUACUACGGCUCAGACAUUACCAUGUCUUGGGAGACGACUCUCAGUAACUGUCUUGCUACUUGCAGUACUACGACCGGGUGUACUGCCGUCUCCUACAACGGAGGUGCCUGUUACAUGAAAGAUUCGGAUGCUGGCGGUCAGGCUAAUACCGGGGUGUGGGCUGCUAAGAAGGUUCCCACGCUCUCCAGCUCAUCGGCGAGCUCAUCGGCGAGCUCUUCGACUACUAGCAUUUACUCAGCACCUGUAGCUACGACGACACCGGAUAUUAAAACACUCUCUUGCCCUCAAUCUGAUGGGCUGGCCUAUACCGCACAAGAUGGCGCCACGUACUUGAUCCAAUGCUCAACGGACUAUUACGGAGGCGAUUUGAGUGUCUCCUGGGAGUCAGACCUGGGAAGCUGCAUUGAAACCUGCGAAGCAACACCAGAUUGUGUUGAUGUCGCGUACCGCCCUGGCACUCCUGGUCCCUGCUAUUUGAAAUCCAUCGUUCGCACCCCAGUGUCCAAUUCAGAUGUCUGGGGAGCGAUACUUGCAACCGCGACGGCUUCGUCAACCACGUCUCCAGCCGCAGCUUCGACCUCGUCAACCUCAUCAAGCGCCUCGUCAACCUCAGCCAGUCUAACAGCAUGCCCGGUGCCAACAUGUUCUCCACCGGCUGGAACAAUCGGCUCUGGAACGAUCAUGGACCCAGGAUUCGAGACUCCUGGUACCACUCCUGACUGGGCUCUUAUCGAUGGCCAAUUGGCCGAUGACGCAGGCGGGUUCUACUUCGAGUACAAGAACGGCGAUGUAUAUACUGCCCAUAGUGGGACCCACUACGGACACCAAACCUUCGGUUCUCGGACGGAUUGGGGCAAGUUCGGUACCACGAUCCUAGACCUGACUCCGUGCGUUCAGUACACCGUAACUUUCUGGGUCUUGAAAAACACCAACGCACACGCUGUCGUCAGUGUCGAAGGAUGCUCUCUGGAUGUAGCGCCUCUCGGCGGUACCAGCUCUUACACUCAGUAUUCAUUCACCUUCACGGCGAGUGGUACGACUGCCAGUUUUGCUAUCACGGGAUCUUGCCCAGCUUUCGACGGGGCUUGCGGGCUUCUCUAUGACGACUUCGCAAUUGCUCCUGUACAAGCCUCCGUAGCCACAUCGACGACGUCAACAAUAUCGACAACAUCGACAAGUUCGACAACGUCAACAAGUUCGACAACGUCAACAAGUUCGACAACGUCAACAACGUCGAGCACGCCGACUCCUACUCCAACCCCAGCACCUAGUGGGUGCGGCCUAAUCAAGGACAUGGACUUUGAAACUCCCGGCACCUCCCCAGACUGGACGAUGCUGCAAUCCAUUCCCUCCACCAACGGCGUCACCGUCGCAUUCGAGAACCGCGAUGGCCCCGCUGGAACAGCCCACGGCGGCACCCACUACGGAUACCAGAGCAUCUUCUCCGGCGGCGGCGGUCAUUUCGGCACCACCAUUACAAACCUCAACUUAAACACUCCGUACACUAUUGCCUUCUGGGUCAAGAAGAAUAUCUGUGCGGACGUCUGGAUCAUGAUCAACGGGGUAAACGGGAAUAUACGCAUACCGCCUGCUUCUGCUGGAGGGGUUACCGAUAGUACGGUUUGGUAUCACCAAUCGUUUACGACGAUGGCUUUUACUAGUAGUAUCGCGAUCGAGUUUGAUACGACGUGUCCGGGGUAUGAUGGGCAGUGCGAUGUUUAUUGGGAUGAUUUCUCAGUGUAUCCAGCCACUGGGGUACCGGCUGGAUGUCCACACUAGAACGUCCCCGACCUCUCGGGGUUUUUUAGUGCAUGAUGUUUAUGAAUAUCGCUAAUUCGACAUAUAAUACAUCCUAUAUCCAGUC